AAAAAUUUCGAGGUCGAAUUUUUAUUUACGGUCAAUUGGCACGAAUUACAUAGCAGCUCGAUCAAUUGAAAUCACAAAACCAACCCACCUAACGCCGCCGACACAUUAUCACGCAAAUCUUCGGUCUUGCUACGUCCAAUUGAAUCGACAGAACAAAAUUUCUAUAAUAUAAAAGUCCUGCAAUCGACACAAUGGGGUCGACAAAACCGGAGAAGAAGGAAAAGAAGGACAAGAAGCGCAGCGAGGCUGACGGCGUGACGAAAGUCAAGAAGGACAAGAAAGAGAAGAAGGAUAAGAAGGACAAGUUGAAGAACGCCGUUAGCACCGUCAUCGAAGACCAGCUGCAAGGCGACUCCACCGCCUCCGUCACCGUCGUGAAGGAUGGCGAGGCGAAGGUGGCCAAGGUCCUGGUUCCCGUCGUCGGCGCCCUAGUCCCCUUCGCGAAGCCGUUAGCAGACGAGAAGGCCACCAAGAAGGUCAUGAAGACGGUACGAAAGGCGGCCAAACACAAGACCCUCAAGCGCGGCGUCAAAGAGGUCGUCAAGUCUCUGCGCAAGUCGCCCGCCAGCGGGCCGGGCAACACCUCGUUCCCGGGCGUCGUCGUGCUGGCCGGCGACAUCAGCCCCAUGGACGUCAUCAGCCACAUCCCCGUGCUGUGCGAGGACGUCAACGUGCCGUACAUAUUCGUCACCUCGCGCGCCGAGCUCGGCGCCGCCGGCAGCACCAAGCGCCCCACGAGCGUCGUCAUGGUCACCGAGAAGCAGGCCAAGAGCAAGAAGGACGGCGGUAAGGACGACAAGAUAGACGAAGAGGACGGCGAGGAUUUCGCCGAGGCGUACAAGGACCUGGUUAAGCUCGUCGAGAAGGAGAGCAAGCACCAGCUCAAGUUCACGUAGGUUGUUGGGAUACGGCUGUUGUCCCUACCUUGGGGAGUAAGUGCGAGAAGUCAUUAGUCGUCGUGUGACUUUUCUCGGCCUCAACUAGUAGUUUCCGGGCGUUCUUCGUUGUCUUUUCGAGCAUUCAAGGGAAUCUUCGGAUCAUUGUAUGUACUUUCUCGGUUGGCUACAUAGGCGUAGCCUUUGGCGUUGGGGAUUUGUUCAUAUUUACUGCGUUGGGGGAUCAAACAAUACUGAUUCUUAACAAACCUGAUUCCUUGUUGAGAAAGUUCACCACGUAUUGCAAUAAUUGCUCUAUGUACUACGACAUGGUUACAUAACGUUUG